AUGCCCAUUCAAUAUUUAACCUGUCUGCUGAGCUUGCAACCAGGGUGUCAUUUCCAACUCUCUGUGGUAUCUAAAGCUGAUGAGAAGCAAGUUAGUUCUCCUAGUCCUGCUCCUACUAAACAAGUGUCAGAGCUACAGGCCAUCCUAAACCUCCUCAUACACACAAAUAUUUCCAUAAUUUUGCUUGGAUGUGCACGCACACAUCGCACUUUCCCCAUUUUAAAGGAGUAUCCUGUUGGUUUCUUUGCAGUCGUUGUUAGUGCAUUGGAAGGAAAAGAUUGCAAAGAAUCUGUGAGGGCGAUUGCAGAAAGCGUUGAUCUGUCAGAAGAGCAGCUCACUUCCCUCAUCUCUGGCAUGUAUACUCUUCUCAGAGAGGCCCUGCGGCUUCCCUUAUUGACUUUCAAACAAGAAGUUUUUAAGGAAGAUCUUCAGGAGCUUAGGAUACCAGAAGAGCUCAUCAUGGACUUUGCUAGUGUGGUCUUUGGUAACAGGCGUCCUGUUGUUGAAGCCACAACUACGAAACAAGGAAAUAAGCUGCCAAGUGUUAAUGACAUUAAGUGGAGAGUGGAUGUGGCUAUAUCCACAAGUUCACUGGCCCGGGCAUUGCAACCGUCCAUUUUAAUGCUGCUGAAGCUUUCGGAUGGGACAGCUCAUCGCUUUGAAGUGCCAGUUGUAAAGUUUCAAGAAUUAAGGUACAACGUUGCCCUGAUAUUGAAGGAAAUGAAUGAUCUGGAGAAAAGAAGCAUUCUGAAAAUUCAGGACUGAACACUUCCAAACUGCAAAUUAAUAGAACCAGUUGGAAAACCUGAAAGAGAAUUGUGAAAUGCAAAAUAAAGAUUCAGCACCAUUUUGCAUGUUAUCAGUAUUGUAACAUAACAUUUCUAACAUCUGCUGUAAAUAUUUUUCAAUUAAAGUGUUAAAAGCC